AUGGAAGGAUGUUCAAUAAGUACAAUAAUUUCGGCACUUUGUGGAAUACGCUGGGGACACAUUAAUGCAGGUUUUUCGUCGCCAACAGACCACUCAAUUGUUAAAUUAGCCUUUGCAGGCGCAAAACGAUUAGUCGGUAAAACGUGCAAUAAGAAAGAGCCGUUCACAGUGGACAUAAUUAAAGAGAUAAUUGCAUAUUAUGGAGAAACCUUAAAAGUUAAGGACUUGGAAGAUAAACAAGAUUCAUUUGAAAUUAGUGUUAAAAAAUCCAAAACGGAUCAGCUAAGAGAAGGUCACAUUGUGUACAUAGCUCACACUGGUAAUUCCACAUGUCCAGUAACCUGGUUACGAAAGUAUCUGUGUGGAGCUAGUGCUGCUGCAAAUAACGGCGUCACUGACAGAAUGAUAAGUAAACACGGCAGGUGGUCAUCAAGUUCCAGUAGGGACGGAUACAUAAAAGAUAGCAAAUCUCAACGACUCUCUGUAAGCAAAGAUUUAGGAUUAAAAUGUCGGCGUGAAGAAGAACAGACGGACAUCGACAACUGUAAAGUGACCAGCUUCACGGUUUUAUUUCUUGGAAAAUACGCACAAAAGAUGCAAUCCACAUUUGGCCGUGGAUACCGAGAAAGUUUUUAA